AUGAUUAUCGUUGAACUGAUUUUAUCGCGAAUAUCGUUAGCUCAAAAUAUUCUCGAAUCCGAACUGUGGAUAAACACAACUUAUCAAGCUGAGGAUGUUGGAAUUCGAUGCGAAAACUUACUUCAAUGUAAGGCAUGGAAUUCAUGGUGGAAAUUACAGACAGGUGAUAUAACGCCUACGGCCGAAAUCAUUGAUUUGUUAUUAUCACGAAAGGUAGAAGUAUCAUUGAACAGUGUGGUGCAGCUAACAAAAUUUGGCUUGCCGAAAUAUUUGCUCUCAAAAUAUAAGAUAAAUGCUCAUUUCGAGGAAAUUCCAUCAAUGAUUAUUGUGCGUAAUCAAAAAGUAGCUAAUUUUUACAAACUUGGUGAAAUAUCAUCAAUAUUUGAAUUUCAUAAAGGACUUCAAAUUGAUCUUGAAAAAGUUUGUGCACCGGACGAAUUUGACACAGCAAAUGUUAAUAAAAUAACAAAAACUUUGCAAAAUUCGAAUGAAAUGGAAUCAAACGAUAAAGAGGCAAAAAAGAAUGGAAAUUCAAGGGAAAAAAUGAGUAAUUACGCGAUGCUUUUCAAACAAAGCAUUCAAUUAAGUAAUAUUUUAAGUAUAUUUGAUAGUGAAAUGAUAUCAAAUAUGAUGCCGCUUUCAUCAACUCUCCUAUUGCCACUUCUCAACAAAAGUCAUUAUGAUUCCAGGUCACCACCAAUUAUUGGCAACGAUAAAAUUACGGAAGUAUUUUUUGGAAUAUUGAUUCAAUCGAUGUCAAAUUUUGAUCAAAGCACAAUGGAUUAUGAUAUGGAUAUAUGGCUCCGUAUGGCAUGGCACGAUCGACGCUUGACGCAUCAAUUUGAUCGACCAAUUUUAGUCAAUGAUGAAAAUACCCUGAAGAAAAUUUGGCGUCCGGAACCAUUCUUUCAGAAUGCUAAAGAGGCCCGAUAUCACCGAAUGACAACGCUAAAUUUCUGGUUAUAUGUAUUUCCUAACGGUGAAAUUUUCUUUGAAACGCACAUCUACCUGAAACCAUCAUGCAAACUUAUCCUUUGCAAAUAUCCUCAUGAUAAUCAAGAAUGUUCAUUGAAGAUCACUGCUAGUCAAAAUUCAAUACGGUACAAUUGGUUUCCUCGCUUAAGUGAUGCAAUUCGAAUGAAUAAGCUUAUGAAAGCGGAACUUUACGUCGAGAAAUAUUAUAAACGAUACUGUGAUGGUGUACGCAAAACAGGUAACUUCUCAUGUUUGGAAGCAAGCUGUCGAUUGAAACGCAGUAUUAGCUAUCAUAUAACACGAACUUACAUUCCAACAGCAACCUGCGUUGUCUUUUCUUGGAUUGGCGUUUGGUUACCUGAAGAAUUCUUUACCGGUCGAAUAUUCGGCUCACUAACGCUAUUUUUGACGCUCAGUGCUGAAAGCAGCGCUGUUAAAGAAGUAUUGCCAAAAGUUUCGUACAUGAAGGCUAUUGAUCUCUGGUUUGGCUUCACUGCAAGUUUUGUCUUUAUAACAAUGCUUGAAGCUUUAAUUGUUAUUUCACUCGAACAUAAGUCUCGAGAAUUGCGGAAGAAAGCGGAGUCAGGUGUGGAUGAUAUGUCUCGAUAUCAGAUGAUGUUGCUUAUGUUGGAGUCAGGUCGUUACCAUUCAACCGCUCGUCACAUCGAUAAAUAUUGCCGGACGCUAUAUCCGGUCGUUUUCCUUCUCUUCCUCAUAAUCUACUAUUUUGUGAUUACAGAAGGCGACGAAACAAAGUGUCUUCAGAGAGCUAACGAUGAAUUGUAG